CUGCAGGCAGAAAUAAGGCAGAUAGAGGAUUUUAAACCCUUAUUUCCAGGGUAAGAAAACGAUUUAGCUACUAAUGGUGGAUAAAUUCUCCUUCAGCGUACUAGUGCACUCCUCUUACAAUAUUUAAUGUCUUUGGCACCUGGGGGAGGUAUGCAACAAAUUAUAUAUACUAGGAGGCUCCGACUCGGCGCGGUCCAACCUUCUAUUGACAAAUGGUACACCUCACCUUUCACAUACCUAGAUUAAAGCUUUGCAUCUCUUUUAACUGCUGUAUUUGAAGUGUCUUUUAAAUAUGAACACAUAUAUCACGACUUUUUCACAGCCAUGAAAUGCAUCUGUUAGUCCUUUUGGGUCUUUUUACAGACCUUGAAAACAGAUUUCCCUACCCUUUCAUAUACUUCAACUAGUGAUAUCCCUGCCCUUUCAUAUACCUUACGCCUGGAAAAGGUACCCCUUUUGGGCGGAGCCUCCCCGUAUGAGCGAUUAUAAGAAGUUCCCCCCCCCGGUUUUGGCAGCGAUCAAAUAGUUCAAAUCAACCUGAGCCACUGGUGUAUGUGUACUCCCCUUUUCUACCUUUCUUUCUUUUGUUCUAAAUACUCCCUUUUUCAACAUGAAAAAUUCCAAUCGAUAAUUGUGCACCUUUACCUUUUGGAAUCCGGAUUCCGGAAUAUAGAAAAAUUUUGCUUCUUGAAUCCGGAAUCUUGGGCUUGGGAAUCCGAAAUAUGGCUUAAGUAAUCAGGAAUCCUACUAACGAUUGCAAUCUAGAAUCCAAAGACUGGAAUCUAUUGAAUUCAAUUCUUUGACAAAGACUGAAAUCCUUGAAUCCGGAAUCCACGGUGUGGGCUCCAGAAUCCAAGAUUCGCUCGCUGAGGAUGACCGUAUCGUUAUUUAUCCUCUAGCCUGACAUUUAACAGUGCAAUGGCUUUUUACAUCCAAGAAGAUAAUUACGCGGUGACAUCAUUAACUGUCGAGUGGCAAGGACCUUCAUUCCUGGAGUUGACAUUAUUUGAAAAACUUUCGGAGGCAAAUGCCGCCGAACAUAUCGGAGCAAAUUUAUUGCACCGCAGAAUUGAGGUUUGUUAAUUGUGAAUUAUCAACUGAAAAAAAAAAAAGCGACAACAACAACAACUUAGCAACAGUGAUCGGGUGAUGACUUCUGUCAAUAGUAGGAGAGUUUUCAUUGGUAUGCUGCACCUCUAUGGCACACGCGGGGAAUACUAAGAUAUGGGCGAAAAUAAUUUCCACGUAUGCGAAGAAGUGCUGCAUAACCGGGUUUUCGUCGCUGAGGGGAGGAGGGAGGGCAAAAAACGCAAGUAUAUAUGCACUCUCGGGGCAUGAACGCAUAGAAAAGUGAUCUGAUCAGUGAUCCUGAUGUUGGCAAAGCAUUUCAAUACCACGCUCAAUACCCAGGGGUAAUGCAAGGGUCCCAGGAGGGAAAACGUGCUAAAUUAUGGGGCCCGCGUGCCCAUUUCGGAGCAAACAUUUCAAUGAAAAUAGUAACCGUAUUAAAGGAAGGGGGUGAACAAACUUGUCAAGUUUUAAGUUAAAGUAAACCGUUAGUGAUAUUUUGCAAAAGUCAUUUACGACAUUUUAGUCUAUUACCACGAUUUUCCAGGAUAAAUGACGGGGACGUUUGUGUAUCGUUGUUGUUGACCCAGAACAAGGAUCCCCUCAUUCUCAGAACACGUUUACUUUUGCCAAUAAAGGUCAAUUCUCCUACAAUUUUUUCAGAGCCAGGGUCAGUCCUAUUACUUUAUACAAAUAGGUAAUUUGAGUCAUUACCAUAACAACAACAUUAAACCAUUUUUUCCCUAUAACGUUUUGUCAGUUUGGAAGUUUUAACGUAACGAAACACGCUCCUGUGAGGUUCACCUUGCUAAUCGAUCCGAGGAACGAAACAAAGAAUGGACGAUCAUAUAACGUAACAACGUGGUUUCGCUUGAAUUACACUUUGGCUGGAAAAGAGUGUGCAGACCAAGAAGAACAGUAUUUUCCAUUUACUUUUACUUUUUACAGUCCAGGUAACGAAUAAAUGUUUUUACACAGCUCUAAUUUCAGCAUUUUAAGUGCACAACCUCGUUCCCAGGGUUCUUUUUGACCUCUUGCUUCCAGAGAGAGAACUUUGGGAACGAGUUUGAAUAGUGCUGUGUACUGGAGGUAUGCGUCAUCGCAUGCGCUGUAAAAGGGUAGCAGUACUUCAAUAUGUUAGGUAAUGCUUUAGUUGUUCGCAUUUAGGACGUAACAGACUUGCACAUCAGCGUAUGUAUUUGGGCUGAAUACCACUAGCGACAUAACCAUAGUCAUAAGGGGCAUUCAUGUCACAUAUUUUGCAUUGGCAGCGCCUAUAAAACCGACACUAUCAUAAAGACGCUUAUCACUUUUUAAACAACAGAAAGUGGGGAGUGUGUUUAAAGGUUCAAACACAAAUGUUUUGUUUUUAAUGUUAUGUUGUUACCAUUUCAGCUUGCGACAUGUUCGGUCCAUUUCGUGCGAGCGUACUGAAAGAAAGUGAUAUUACAUCCUCUUACGUGGCUCGACCAGAGCAAAAUUUAGUUGGGACUUCUCCUUUCAAUGCGAGGCUGGGAGAAGAUGACACUUUCUGGAGAUCGAAUAGGAAAAGUCGAGAUGAAUUCAUCUCCAUGGAGUUUAAUAAAAAAGUGCAAUUUGAAAUGGUGAGUAAGUUUCUCAUCGACGUAGUUACUACCUUGUAGGAUUUUUCGGAAAGAGUCUUGGAAAGGUGAUUCCGCGGAGCAAGAUUCUGCUUAAAUAAAUUAAAUAGCACAUGAUCUCUUCGAAGCAGUCUAGCAUGCAAGUUUUGAUUUUAAGGUGGCAACCACCAUUUCUUGCUCUGCUACAAAUGGUGGAACAGACUUCCUUAUAUUAAAUUAUUUACAAUAAAUAAAAACUUUCUCCGGGAAGAAGUAGGUCAAGAUGUUAACUUAGUCUAAAAAAUCUUACGGUGGUUACAAAUAAUUCUUUUUAUUUUUCUUACUUUUGCCAACAUGGUAGCUGGCUGUCAAAGGAUCGGAGCAGAGAAGAGUCGCAUCGCUAUACGUCUAUACAAGCGAUGACGAAAUACACUGGAAAAUGUAUCAUCAUCGGGCAUUAAAGGAAAUGGUAUGUACUAGGCAAUCAGUCUGAAGCUUGAAGAAAAUGGAACUCAUGUGAAAUGUUUGAUAAUGGCUCAGAAGAGAAGAGGGGAAGGGGGAAGGUGGGGGGGGGAGGGGGGGGGUGAGUAAGGAGAUAAAAAUGUGUAUAACAUCAACACUAUCAUCAUCAUAACUACCACUGUUAUCUUCACCUUAAUCACCGCCACCUCCAUCAUCGUCAUCAUCAACAUCAACACCACAACCAUAGUCAACAUAAUCAUCAGUACAUGCAUCAUCAUCAUCCUUAUCAUCACCACUAUCAUCAUUACUACAACUAUCGUCAUCAUCAUCAUCAUCUUUAUUAUCUUCAUAUUUUGCACCAUGAUCAUCACUUUUAUCGUCAUCAGAAUUCAUGAUCUUUGUUCUCAUUGGGAGUUUAAGAAGAGGUAGGGGUUCCGAUUCCAUGCUUCUACCAAAAUCAAAGUUUAUAAUUGCUAAUCUUAAUUUUUGGUAUAUUUUAGGAAUUCCGCAUAUCCUACGACUGGACUUUUAUUACCCCAAUUGUUUUCAACCCUCCAAUCAAGACACGAUUUGUCAGAAUAAAAUUACAUUCUUGGUCAAAAGAAAAGUACCUUCAGUUUGAAAGUUAUGGUUGCGAGGUAGAGAAUGCCACAACAAUACAUCCACUUGGUAAGUUUACAGUAGGACUCAGGCGAUUUGAACUCGGAUAAUUUGAUCGAACUCCCCGCUAACUCGAACAAGUCUAAUUUCCUUUGAAUUUGACCUUCCUUUUCAGUCACUUUUACCCGGAUAACUUGAAUUCCCCGCUAACUCAAACUAAAUUUCGUUUCCCUCGAUCAAAAUUUACCCCGAUAACUCGAAUUCUGGAUGUUACAACUCACCAUGAAUGCCAACCCGUUAGCUUUUCUUGUCGUACAAUCGGUAAAAACCAUAAAACUAUCACUACGGGAAUUUGUUUUUGAUAAGUGCAACGAACAGAUCACGUAUUUCACAGUAAUAUGCAUGUUUAAUCAACAUCUUUAUCUUUAAAGGUUUUCCAUUACGUUUCCCUGUAUAAUCAUAAAAAUGAGUAAUCGUGUUACAAUUUCUGAUUAGUCUGAUUUGCACUCUGCUCUAUAUUGAUGUGAUGAAAUAUCAGUUUACUAUCAAUAGUUAAAGCUUUAAAUGCUGUAAUUUGCAUGAUCAAAAACACUUUUCCUUGAUAAUGUAGUCUUGACUACUCCGAAACGUUGGAUUUUAUCGUUCUUUUUUACCGUUUUAUGUCUUAAGAAAUCUCUUUUAAUACUAUCAAUAUUAACAUAUUAACAUUCAAGAUUCAAUCGACCCCGCUAAAUAACUGGAACUGUUUUUCGUUUUCCUUCAGAGUUCGAGUUAACUGGGUUCUACUGUGUUUUCAACUACAGAAACAAAUAAAGCUCACCCAGAAAAUUUGUUCAUCAUUAGUUAACCAGGCUUUACAGUGCGGACACUCAAACCUGGACAUUUGGAAGAAGAAUGUCCAAACACAACGUUUUCUGAAAAGCAACAAAAUAAAAUUUAAGGUUCAACUAUGCAACCGUUGACAACUUUAAAACUGUUCAAACUUACCCGACCUCUCAGAAAACAGGCCUCAAAUUUAUGAAUUUUAUUGGUCCGUUUGCACAAAAAAAAAUUUAAGAAUUUCAUUUUGUGAUUUGACAACCUUGUUUCAAGUGUCCCGUUUUGAGUGUCCACACUGUAGGGUUACCAUCUCAUUAUUAGCAUUUUAUUUAAUUAUUUUACCCUCUUUCUUUCAGACUAUGGCUACCCUCUAGGGACUGAGUCAGGGGACAUUUUGGACAGUCAGUUUUCGUCUUCCUCGUCAUCUCUUCCUUCAUUUCAACCCUUCAAAGCAAGGCUUAACUCUGUCUCCGCCUGGUGCAUGGAUGAAAGAAGCUUGUCUGACUACUUACAGAUUGAUCUUUUGGCGCCACACUUGAUUCAACAGGUACUUUGAAAUUCAAAAUGUUUUGUGCCACAAUUUUAUGUAAUUUACUUCCCUGAUGUUUUGGUAAAUAAUCUUUUAUCGAGGAAAAAAUGCACGGCAAAGGUAGAGAAAAAGAACUUUAUUAAGGGCUGUUAAUGCACAGAAUAUACUUAACUGAAUUUAAAGUGUUACUGCCAUUUGCACAGAUAUAAGGCCUUGCACAAGAGGAUCGGGGAAAAGAGAGAUAUUUUUCUUUGUUUAAAAAAAUAAAAUAAAAUAAAUAAACAUGCGUCCACACGUAGCAUAUGCGAGUCGUUUUCACCCGUCCUCUCGAAAUUGCCAAAGCAAUGGACUUAGCGUUCCUUACAGACGGAGCAUGCGCUAUGAUGUAUGACAUCUUCGUAUUAGAAAAUCGCCGUUUUCGUCCGUCUACAUAAUCUGAGUUUUCAAGAAAACUUCACUCUAAAAGGCCUUGCUAAAACGGACGGCUAAAACGAUGAGCAAGAUCAAUACGUUCAGUGAUAACGCAUAAAGGACGCCACGCUACGUGGAGCAUUGUAUCUGGUUCCCUUUUCUCCGUUUUCUUUAAAUUGCCUCGUUCCUGUAAGAAGUUUCUCAUGGCAUUCCCAGUCAUACAUUUCAGGGACAUAUCGAAAACAAGCAGCUGGGGAGCGCCCCAGUUCUUCUCUCCACCUAGGUGGUUCUGAGGCAUAAAAGACCAAAUAGGUAUAGGUAGGCAUAGACAUAGGGUGCUUUAUAUCAAACCCUGCGAACUUCUGUCACUCCUGGAAAAUUUGUUUGAGGGUGUGCGGCUUAUGCUCGGUAACCCCUACCUUGAGACCAAACUGACGAGAUCGGGUGGUUUUCCGUAUCAUGUUUCAUAGGUUUUCUUAUACUGACUGUAUUAUAGUCAUCAAAGAUUAGUCAAUCUCACCUGUAAUUUCACCGGUUAAUCCGUUGAAAGUGAUUCCAAGUGCGGGAAGGUGAUAGAAAUCUUACGAUGCGUCGUUAAAAAUUUCCUCUUUUUGUUUACUCUCUUGCGCGCGUUAAGGAGAAUGGACACUAAAGAAUCAAUCAGCCAAUCAGACAAAAGUCUCCUUUGUUAUUAGAGUUAGGUAACCACUCCAAGAAGAAGAGACUUACAACAAGAAUAUUUUCCCUUCUUAGGUGGCAACACAAAGUGAGUACUGUGACGGAAGCAAGGAAAAUUUUCGUGGUGUGACGUCAUAUUAUUUACAAUACAGCGUAACAGAGAGCGACUUUGUUGACUACAGACAAAAUGGCGAUAGAAAGGUGUGAAUCAAUUUUNAAAUUGCCUCGUUCCUGUAAGAAGUUUCUCAUGGCAUUCCCAGUCAUACAUUUCAGGGACAUAUCGAAAACAAGCAGCUGGGGAGCGCCCCAGUUCUUCUCUCCACCUAGGUGGUUCUGAGGCAUAAAAGACCAAAUAGGUAUAGGUAGGCAUAGACAUAGGGUGCUUUAUAUCAAACCCUGCGAACUUCUGUCACUCCUGGAAAAUUUGUUUGAGGGUGUGCGGCUUAUGCUCGGUAACCCCUACCUUGAGACCAAACUGACGAGAUCGGGUGGUUUUCCGUAUCAUGUUUCAUAGGUUUUCUUAUACUGACUGUAUUAUAGUCAUCAAAGAUUAGUCAAUCUCACCUGUAAUUUCACCGGUUAAUCCGUUGAAAGUGAUUCCAAGUGCGGGAAGGUGAUAGAAAUCUUACGAUGCGUCGUUAAAAAUUUCCUCUUUUUGUUUACUCUCUUGCGCGCGUUAAGGAGAAUGGACACUAAAGAAUCAAUCAGCCAAUCAGACAAAAGUCUCCUUUGUUAUUAGAGUUAGGUAACCACUCCAAGAAGAAGAGACUUACAACAAGAAUAUUUUCCCUUCUUAGGUGGCAACACAAAGUGAGUACUGUGACGGAAGCAAGGAAAAUUUUCGUGGUGUGACGUCAUAUUAUUUACAAUACAGCGUAACAGAGAGCGACUUUGUUGACUACAGACAAAAUGGCGAUAGAAAGGUGUGAAUCAAUUUUACAACGAAAAUGUAAUAUAAUGUCGCAGAUGAGAGAGAAAGGGUAGUCUUUACAUUUUAUAUGAACAGUAAGCUCGGACCUCAGUAUGUAACGGCGCCACUGACUACCGCUAUCGGUCCAUUUAUGAGCUUACCAUAAGUGUGUGAUAGCGAAUAUGAUAACAGAGGUAGAGGCAGUCCAUACAGGGGCGUAGCUACCUUUAAGCCAUUAAGACCGGGAUUAACAAAUGUUAUCGCAUGUUAACGUUGACAGGGCGCGUAUUUAUAGCGUCUCUCCCUAGUCUCGCUCUCCGUUCUCAGCCUCGUUCCAGACCUUUUGUUUGACUACUCGCGCGUAUUUGAAUACGCAAAAAUGCGGACUGUUUUGCAGUCUAGGCGUGAAAAUGUCCCUAUUGAAACACAAUACUCGGCCUAUAGGCACCAAUGUCUGUCGUGGUGAUGGACAUGCGAAAUUGGUACAUAAAGCCCUGUGUAAAAGGAACGCAACAUUGUUGGAUGUUACUUGUUGCGUCUGUUUGCACACGCUGUUGCUCGUUGUUGCGCAAAAUUUGAAACCGGUAAAACGUUUGGCUACGUGUGAACGAACCUAACAAAUCCCAACAUUGUUGGGUCAACAAUGUUGGGAAUUGUUGCGUCCGUUUGCACGUAGUUUAAUAAUUCACUAGGAAAAUCUGUCGCUGAACUCCAACGUAGUUCAGUAGACACAUUGUAGGACCGCGUUCCCCAUUGUAUACUUUCAUGAUUAUCUGCUAGAAUCAUUUAGGCUGUACUGAAACUCGUCUCGACUGAAUUUAGGAGGGUCUCAGCUCCUCAGGGCCCGUUGUUAACAUACAUACGUACAUGUGUUAUUUAUCUGGAGUCUUAUACAAUAAAUAGUAUAUCAACUAGGGGGUGGGUGCAGGGGGUGCGCACCCCUACCCCCUGAGAUGACCUGCGGCUUUCUGAUUAACACUGUGCGGUCGCUUCACAAUUAUACAAACUCUGCUGUAUCGUUUGAUAUGUAUUCUCUGCAGUUCACAUUAUGUUAUUACCUAGGAAAAAACCUUCUUCUUCGUAUUCGCUUUUGAAAUUUGUUUACAUCAUCAGUCAGUUACGCCAUCCCUUAGUGAAAAAAAAAAAAAAAUCCUGAAUUCGCUCCUGGUUUGACCAUUUUCAAGAAUAACAAUAGAUAAAAUCGUCUCUGGAAAUCAUCUGUUUGGGCAACUCAUCACAUCAAAACAUCUCUAAAUAUAGUUGAAAUACGCUAUUAAGAUGCAUGUGGUAAAUAUUCCAGUGGUCCAUGACACGUGGUAGGAGAGAUUUCUGUGUAUUUUCAUUGCGGAAUAGCGUUAAUCGAACACACCCUAAAUAACAUCUAAGUAGACCGUAAUUUAGUCUCCUUGUUUUUUUGUUUUCAUGCUAGUGACUAACUUUAUGGAAUUGGCCACCACUUUGAAAAAUUAAGUAGCCCAGUGGCUAUUACAAAAAGGCGUUUCAUGAGCUGAGUAACGAUGUUUAUUCUGCAUUAAUUAAUCGAUGUUAAAACGCUUCUUCGAACAAACCAACCCAUCUGAAUGGGGUUUUUACUUUACUUUUUUAUCGCUAGAAAAUGGAUUUGUAAAAGCUAAGCUUCCUCUGCAAUUUUAUCUUCAUUGAAAUUACUGAGUCAGUAGAGUCAUAUUUGACGAUAAAUCCUAAAUGAAACGGCUACCGCGCCUUCUUCUUCCUUGAUAACUUAAAAGACACACUGAAUUAAACAGUUGAAAAAUUUCGCCUUUGUGCUCAUUUUCCCCUUGCCAUACCAGUUCAUUUUGCAAGUCAAUCCAAAGAGAAAGUUGAGGAAUCAUAUGUAAAAUCUGCUAUACUGACAAAACGGCUCAUCCCUAGCUAAAAGGCUUAUAACGGCUUAUAUUCGUCCCAAGUGCUGACUAUGAUAGUUUACCCAGGUUUAUCUGAAACGACAUUUUUAAGCAAAAACGAACUGUGGUUAAUUCUUUGUUACCCCUUUCCCCCUUCCCACCCGACUGGGACUUUUACAAUUAGGACUUUGGAGGAAAAAUGGCUGGCUACGCCCCUGUCUCCGGGGAAACCUUUCCUCACUCUUUUUGAAUAGUAGUGUCAGUUCUUUCACGUACUAUUCAAGUUCACUAACUAGGGGUACCUUUCGGCAAGUGCCAACGAGCGAACUUGUUUAUCUUUUGUGGAGUGCGCCUAUCCAGAUCUUCGCCAUUUGUUACAUAAUUUUAGAGGUUUAUAAUGGAUUCCGCUAUAGAAAAGGAUUGCACUCAACUUUAGGAUGGUACAUCAUCUAGGCUUUCAAUUCUGUUAAAAAAUGACAACUUGGCUUGAAGCUUUGUUGGUAAAUUGGAGGAAGUUAGCAAUUGUUUUUUAUGGAAAUCAGUGUAGUUCAAAACUAUAAACUUUAGAAAGUAAACUAUAGUUCAAGUGGGGCCUUUGACUGCUAAAAUUAAAAAUAAAAAUUAUAUUCCGAGCUUUCGUCAAUCAAUGGCAUUAUUAGGGAUAAGAAAAAUAUUCCGCAUGGUAAUAUACAUAUGAAUAAAUUGGUGUAAACAAAAUGUGUGAAAAGCGCAAGAAUGGGGCGGAAUGUAUCAGAAGUAAAGAAAUAUAAACUUGAAUAAAAUACAAAGAUCUAAUGGCGAGUGGCACAGGACAAAGAGUCUCUCGAAAGGCAAAAUGAUUCGUAAUGAUGGUCUUUAAAACAAAAGGUCCGCAAAUUCGUUGCAUUCCUCAGCGGAGUUUAAGGCUGUCUUCAGUGUAAAUAGAGGUGCAAAAGGACACGCUGGUUGACAAAAAUCUCUCCAAAUGCAAAAAUAACUUUUAAAACACAAAAGGUCCUCAAAUGCGUUGCAUUCCUCAUGGGAGGCCAGGACCGGCUCAAUGUAAAUCGAACGAAGAACACGCUGGUUCUGAUAAACGUUUUGAGAAUACAACCCCAUUCCUUGAUUACCUACCGCAUGAAAUUCAAUUUACAAACUAGGAAAAAUAUAACACAGAAAAAAGCCCUGGUUCUGAGUCGAAAAGCAAACACGCUACCUCAAUGUAAAUCGAGCUGCGAAGAACAAGCUGGUUCUGACAAAAAUUGGAGCGUAAAACCCUAUUCCUUGAUGAGCUGCUGCUUUAAACGCAAUUUAUAAAGCAAACCAGAGCACUAAUAGCCCUUUCAAAUCUAGAAAUCGUAUUAAAGGUUGCUCACCUGUUAGGGCCUCUUGAACAGAACACGGGAUCACCCAAUUUCCAACCACGAGUUGUAAAUACAAGAUCAUGACGCAACUGCCCAAAUACGGGGUCUUACUUACACCCAAAUAUGGUCAAAAAAGUAAAUUUUAGGGGGUUACGCAGAAUUUAAGAGAUUUUUCCUACUUUACGCGGGAUUAUGAAUCUGCCUCGCUGGCAAUUAAUGGAGAAUGAAGUAGACAAGAGGGAGGUGUUUUUGAGCGAAGCGCUGAAACACUGCUUAAAGAUGAAACUGACUGAAAAACCCUGCAAGUGUUCUUCCUGUCCAUCAGGGUUUGGAUUUGAUAUUUCUCAGCAAAUUAUCGAUUGAAAAAAAAAUCAAACCUUGGAAGCUGGGUACUAAAAGCAAGCUCUUGUCUUGCAGGUUUUCCUCGGAAAUAUGGUAGAAAACGUAGCGGUGAAGCAGAAGUUACUCAAACCAUUCUCCGCUCGAUUUGUUCGGUUUUUCGCCAAGACGUACAUCGACCGCAUUUGCCUAAGAGUGGAACUGUAUGGUCGUCAAAUCAAUCAAUCAAGCAACCACCCAGGUAAUGAUUAACAAUUAUUUCACGAGUGCGCGUUGGAUAUGAGUUGGCUAUAAUCUUCUCAUAUCCAACAAGCGCGAGUGGAAUAAUUGUUUUAUUUAAAACGCCCACAGAUAUCGAAGAAUUCUUCCCGACUGUGAAAACAACCGAUUUCCAGCUUGUUUUCAAUUUCGAGCAAACGCGUACAGUUACCAUAUUUGGAGAGCAUGGUAUAACGACUUAUAUACCAUGAUGGCUAAGCCAAUCAGAGCUCUAGAAUUGCAUUAUCCAGUCAUUGUUUUUAAUUAAAUUGAAUAGAUGUCGCCUUUCGUGCGGGGAAGGGAAUUUGGCAGAUACUAUCCCGCCUUUAAAUAACAGAAAAAAAAGGGGGAAGAGUGUUUUAUGAAUAUGAAAACACAAUGAGUAGCCGAGUGGUUUUUAAAGACCUUUGAACGGCUAAAAAAAAUUUUUCAUAAAGGCUUUUUCGAAAUGAUCCAGAAAGUGUUCUUAGUUUCUUCCGUUACAGCAGGGCGGCGCUCUCAUUGACUUUUUUAUGGUCACGUAACAUCAAACUCGGCUUCCUCCAGGAAUAUAUUAGGCAGAAUUUUUAAUUGCAGUCAUUUGGCGUUAUGUGUAACAUUUUUCAUGUAUUCUCUAUAGAUUUUCCACCCGUGUUAAAACGGAGUUUCCUUGUGGAGCCAGUGUCUGGUUUGGUGUUUGUCUGUAACGCCAAUCAACUUCGGUAAGUGAUUGCUUUAAGUUUAUGCGUGCAUUGACUGUUUGUAAACAGACAUACCUCAAUAGCCAAUAAUAAAACAAAGCAGAUUCAGGAACAUGAAGAAAAUUAGCAACAUAAGAAACUGAAGCUUACAAAACCUGCCAUUUUGAAUCAUCAGUUAGACCAACUUAUCAAGAAUUCAAAAACGACCGGAAAAUGAAAGAAUCAAAACAACACCAAAAACCGGAGAAAAUAAGUCUUUCAUUAAAUGAUAUUCUAACUCACUUUCUUUCUCAGGCCCGUUUCUUCAAGAAACUAUUGCUAUCAUGCCACACGACAUCACGGUAUCACACGGUGGACCGGUCAGUAAAAGUCGGUUAAACCCAGCCUAUUCCCUAGGCGUUCUCUCUUGAUCCGUUGUCUACGCGAAGUCUGGGAAAGAGCGAGCGAGUCCCUUUCGGUGACGUCACAGCUCACGGUAGAGUCCAGGAUUGACCACCCGAAAACGCCUAGGGACUAGGCUGGGUUUAACCUUAUUUUCAAUUUGUUAUAAGGUCUCUCUGGGCAGCUAAUUCAAAUAGCAGAGUUAAAGGACAUCAUGAGUCGUUACUUUCUUAGCCUGAUGAAAAACUUCCGCUUUGUUUUCUUAACUCGACUUCAUCUGCAUUUUGUUUGAAAAGAGAUAUCACUCCAUAGAUAGAGUUUAUCAAUAAAAAAUAACGAAGUGAAGGAUUCUGUUAACUGUAAUAAAUUGACGUCACUAUGCAAUUGACGUUUUACCAUAACAUUUUGUAUAUAGUUUUGCAUUUCUUCAGCAACUAUUAAGAGACACUUGAUCGAACACGCAACACAGCGUUUCAUCCGAUAUCCAGGAAAUCGGUCUUACGAAUAAAGAAAGUUGGCUGAACCGCGUUUGAUAUUUGAAUUUAUCACAUCAAUAAACAUGACUUAAUUUAUGCCGGGUAAAAAAGUAAUACUUUACUUGGGCCUUGCUAGCCUGCGAGCAAGCUCUCCUUUUGGAUCGGAGUAGUCGCGGGAGGGCCUAGCAAAAAUGACGGAAAAAAUAAAAUAAUAAGAAUACUACUAAUAAUAAAAAGAAUAACAACAAUAUCGAUGAUGAUAAUGAUAGUGAUGAUGAUAAUAAUAAUAAUAUAGAAAUAAUGGCAUUCUUAUACUAUUACGGAUUAAAUACAAAUUAAUAUUAAAUUCAUAUUAUUUAAUCUACCUUUAAACUGUGAUUGAAUUUCUGUACAAUUAAUCUGCUUCAUUUUGCACUUUUGGCAUCUUUUUUCCAGUUCUUCUUUCAGUGACAAAACACUGCGUCUAUGUUGUUUGAUAAAUCAGAAAUAUUCGUCUUUUAUUCACUUCCUAUGUAACUAACUCCUCACACUUAGAGACAGUAAUGUAAAUUGGUAUGCUAAUGAUUCUUUAGGACUAGGAUUUCGAAUGCUGAGCAUGCUCGGAUACGACAGUAGGAAAAGAACACUCUAUGGAGUAGCAGGAAACAGGAGGGCCUAUAUGAAGUACAAUAUGGAUGACAGCAGGGGAGUUAUCGGUGUGUCAAAGGUGGAAUGGCUCCAAGUAAGAGACCUACACUCCACAAUACUUGCAACUGAAAUUCCUUUCAUACCAGAGACGGAUUUCAGUAACACCCUACAACCUAACGAAUGUCUGGAAACACAAGACGCCAACGGAAAUUCGUGGGGAGGUAAGUAACAAAUUCUAAAAAUAGAGAGAUGUAGAAUCAGUCUUUUAGUAGGCUCGAUUUCCGUCGCUUUCCUUGGACCGAUCUUGUUUCUCUCCGAGAAGAGACUUCUUUCGGAAAGAAGCGCGGGCUCAUUUCUCGAACAGCGGCUGGUCAUCUAGCCUACGUUUACGGCAAUUGGCAAACGUCAAUUUUUACUACGUGAUCAUAUUUUUUCUUUUACUUGCCGUUUAGUGUUCAUUGUGUACGUAUUACUAGUUUCAUAUCCGGUUUAUCCAUACAAAUUUAAUCGCACAGUUUUUAUUUUUUCAUUUUCUAAUUUGAGAAACUAUGAACUUGAAGAAGACUUUUGCUGUCUGUCGUAAACGUGAUUCUGAGUCCCUCAAACGAUAAAAUGACAAGACGUAAAAAACAACAAAUAGUUGUGGAAUGGUACUCUGUUGCGAGGAACUAAGUUGCCAAAUAAAUCAGGGGAAGGAUAACUAGACCAAACUAGACCUCAAGCAGUAACGGUAAUUGGUCAGUUGUUGUGCGGUUUAGCUUGUGUUUCCGUCUGAUGUUCAAGUCUAUAUUCCCGAAAUGUUUCAGUACAUUUAUGAUUUUCUUACAGAACUGUAGCAUCUACUCGUUCGUAAUGUGUCUCCUCAGGGACGCAGAAAAUAAUAACACAAUAUUGUUUAUCUUUAUUUCCAUUGUUUUACGGUUAGGGUAGCAAAUCAAUUGGCUUUUAGUUUGGCAGGCUUCCCAAUCAAUAGAAAAUUAAAAUCCUUCUGCGUCGCAUACAUUUAUUGCCAGAUUCAGACAAGAAACACUUUUCUUUUUUCCCUGGAAUUCUCUUAAACCGGCAUUCUCAAUUCGCGAGCGCACGGUAAUCUGCGUUGAGGCAUAACGCUCCACGAACAGCAAUCAGCGAAAAUAUUCCUCUAUUCCUUUUUUCAGUAAAACCACGCUAACUAGUGUCACUUUGCAUUUGUCAGAACCGGCCAGACCAUUCCCACUGUAAUGAGAAAUUCACUUUUAAUCAAAACUAUCCAGCCAGAUCAGUCAAAUUAUAAGUAGUAUACAAAAAGAGAUUUUUGUUCAGUAAAACUUUUGGAAAAAGCCUAUUUCAUUGUUAAAAUGACAGGUCCGGCCAUGGUCGGGCCGGCCAGUUCUAACUUUUGGAAAGCGCCCUAACCAAAUCCACUUUCUUUUCAUAUCUCUUGAAGGAAACAUCCCCAUUAUUUCCUAAUAUCCUCCAAUUCUCAUGAAAUUAUGAUCAAAAUUGUUUUACGUGGGUCAUUCAUCUAAUGGAUAAUAGGGAGCUUAAGCAUCGACAACGGCGACGGCAACGACAACGACAACGGAAAAAAAAAGCAAUAGGACUAGAAUAGCAAACCAGCACUUUUGCACGUGCAUCACACUUUUGCGUAUAUUUCUUUGCGGUCACUGCACGACUACGACGAGAAACUUCCUAGUUUCUCGUUUUAUGGAGGACGUGAACACAAGACAAAACUUUUUAGUUUCUUUUUCAUAACUUAAAUACACUCCUUAAGAAUUAACUCCAGAAAAAUUCUCCAUCGCUUGACAAAUUGAAUGAAUUGGAAUAAGAGUAAUAAAGUUUGAAACAGCGCGAAUUCACUUUUCAAGUGCGGUUUUCACUGCCGUUGCCGCCGUGGUUGCUUAAGCUUCGCAAUAGGGACCUUAAGAUCCGAAGACGGCGACGGCAGAGAAAAUGUCGCUGAAAAAGUGAAUUCGCGUUCUUUCAAUCUUCAUCGCGAUUACUCCAAGUCACUAACUCUGUCAAAUGUAGGCGAACCCUUCUAAAGUUGAAUUCCUAAGAACCAUAUCCAAGUUCAGAAAGAGAGAGGAAAUUUCGUCGUCGCUUGUGUACUUCCUCUGUACAUCGUGAAAUUAGGCAUUUUCACGUCGUAGUCGUGCAGUGACGGCAAAGAAAUGUACAAAAAAGCGUGAUGCACGUGCAAAAUUGCUGUUUUCCUAAUUGAACCUAUUGCUUUUGUGGCGUUCCCGUUGCCGUCGCCGUCGUCGGAUCUUAAGCUCCCUAGUGUAAGUCAUGCGACAGCAAUUUUUUUUUCAGUUCUGUUUCUGAUUAACACGUGAGUGGGUCUUUUUCUUUUUCUACAGUUAGUGCGAGAGGAUUACAUUUCAACGACUACCUCAUCGCCACCUGGAACAGUCCGGGUAAAUUAUAUUUAUGCAUGGUCACAUAAUCCGCAAAACUUUCCUAUUUCGCGUGACGUCUUAAUCCUUGUUGUAGUUUUCCACAUUAUUUUAAGGGGAACAUAGUAUUCUAAAUCGUGUGAGUGUAAAAUGACGUAUAAUUUGCUAGUUUGGUUAUCUGUUCGCCGAAAGGUGCAUGAUCUCAGAUGUCUCCAACAUGAGUUUCAAAAUAGCGGAUGUUUAGCCAAACGUGACGUUACAGUAGUUAAAAUGAACAACUUACACACACAAGCUACACCUGAGUUGGCCUUUAUAUAUUAAUGUAAAUAGCCAAAAAUAUGUUAAAUAUUCUUGCAGAAUAUAAAUCAUGUUGUUAUUGCACAUUUGACUCAGUUUUGGUGACAUUUUUCUUGGGCGACAGUAAAACAUCCGCUUAAUCAAAUUGUUAAUGGUGUGACAAGAUGGCCGAUGUUUAACAUCAUGGGCUGAGUUGCUCAAAGCAUGGUUGGCUUUAACCAUUGGUUAAGCAGUAUCAAAACCAAUACGUUGUCAAGAUAUUAAACGCUGGUUAACGCUAACCAUGCUUCGAGCAACUGGGCCAUGAUGUUUAAAUUUCUCAUCAGACGUCGUCAUUGUAAAAUCUCGGAAGGCUACUUUGGCAUUUAAAAACACUUCUUCACGCUUCUUCUUAGCGUGAAAGAAACAAUCUGUUUAGUUUCGGGAUGUGUCGUCAAAAAAUGAAUUAAAUUCAAAUAAGUAGCACUUUGAAAUGAAAGAGAUAAAAGAAAAUUGUAUUUUCGCUUUACUUUAACUGUAGCUUAAUUACAAUAUUUUUUGAACUACCUAAAUUCGAAACUAUUCGACAUGGCAAACACUCUCACUGUAAAAUACUUGGGGCCUCUCAUUUGGUUCAAGCUACCUAGAAAUCUAAGAACUGCCGAAAGUCUUAAUUCAUUCAAGAGAAAUAUUAGGAAAGUCGACUUAUCCGGACUCGUGAUCUGAUACGUAUAUAUCCCCGGUAUAGUCCUUACCCGACUGUAGAAAAGAAUUGUGUCUGUAAUACGUUAAUUUUAGUGUUACCAAGAUUUCAAGAAUGUAUAUUCUCAAUUUCUUUUUUUGUUUAAUUAUGGAUACUUAUUAGGUAUGUAGAUAGUCUGUGUCCCCCAUUAGCUGCUAGCUAAAUACUUUGACAAGUGAAUAAAUUUUUCAUUCGUUCAUUCCUGUAAUUUUGUGCUAGAUGAAGACGAGUGCCAUAAUAAUAUGUGUCAAAACGGUGCUACCUGUAACGGUCAUCACAAGGGAUAUACAUGCUCAUGUCCUUUUGGCUUCAGAGGUGAAAGAUGCGAAGAAGGUUUGUAUAAGAUAAUGGUUAUGAUAAUAAUAAUGACAUUGGUGAUAAAAAUACAUGAGUUGUCGUCGAACCUCUCAAAGAUAGUACAGGUUCAAGGAAACUGAGACCUCAUGAUGCUCUGAGGUGACCACAGUUGCAGAAGCGGGUUCAAGAUUCAGGUGUAGAUUGGGUUCAUUGACAAAUAAAUUGAGUUUUUUUGUAAAAGGAAAGUCCAAUUCAGCUCAGAAUGCUGGCUUAAAUGGACACUUUUGUAAUGAUGGCCGUUGGUAGAGGUUUCAUUGUUAGUAUUUUUUGGCAAGUUUUUAAUUUAUUUACCCGUAUUAUUUUUUCUUUCUUCACUGUAAACAGAAAUUGAUCCGUGUUUAGAAUCUGAUUGUGUCACUGGAACAUGCGUUGUUAUAGGCUUCUUAACUAGUACUUGUGUCUGUUCAGAUGGGCUAUCUGGGCAAAAUUGUGAGAGAGGUAAGCUUCUUGUGGCAUUAAUUGAAAUGGAUAUUUAGUAAUAUUGGAUCAAGCUGAAAAUGAUACGAAGAAUUACACACAUCGACUGACGCUGUGGUUAUAAGAAGCUAAAGUGCAUAAUUCUUCAUAUCAUACAAAAGCCUUGGUUAAUUCAUUAAUUACUUCACUAUUUAUUCAAGUUCAUAACAUUAUUGCCCUUAGGCAGAAUUUCGUCAAACUAUUUGGAAGUUCCUCAGAAAUCAGUUCAGAAUAUGAACUGAACCGCGGCGUAGUUAGCUCAGUUGGAAGAGUGCUGGUCUGCCAAGCGGAAGGUCGCGGGUUAUAACCCCGGACGGAUCAACACUCAGGGUCUAUAGAUAUGUGAGGAGAAAGUGCUGUCUUUGCAAUGAUAACUGCAAACGGUUAGACUUUCUAGUCUUUUCGGAUAAGGACGAAAAACCUAGGUCCCGUCUCACAGCACUUUCACUCAUCUGGUUCUGUGGGACGUAAAAGAACUCACACCACUGUUCGAAAAGAGUAGGGGAAGUAGACCCCGGUGGUGUGGCCAACCUUUCCUGGGCUGGGUGGGUCAUUUGUAAGGACACACAUAAAUUGGAGCCCUGCUCUGUUGUGUGUUACGCACCAGAUGGUGGAAGUGAUUAAAUGAUGCAAACUUUUUAAAAGCUGUUGACAUCCCUCAAGAGGCAUUCUUGCCCCCUUUUUGAAUGGGUCUGUAAUUAAAUGGCAAUAUUUGUAUAACCCGCCAUGGAACAUUCUAUUGUUAAUUUUUUACACAGCUCGGGUAUCUUCUCAGGAAAUCCACGCCAAUCUUUCAGGGAAUGUUAGUGGAAGCUAUGAAAUAGGUGCUUUUUCUCAGACGUUUACGGUAAGCUACUAAAAAUAGCCACAGUACAAUGAAGAGGUAACUUUAAAGACGCAAUAGAUGUUCUCAGGCCCGUAGGAACGAAUCUGAAAGUAAGAGGGCACGAAAGUAUUAGCCCUAACAACAUAUCUUUUAAAAUGGAAAGGGGAAUUGCCUUGUGUUAUUAACCCAGUAUUUUCGACGGUAUAGUGGUAGUCUUCUUUUUUAAAAAAUUUCACCUAAAAAGUGGGGGGACACGGGCCUACCCGGCCCCCCUACUCCUACGGGCCUGGAUCUUUUGAGGCCCCACACAGUUUUAGCUAUGACCAACUUAGCGAAAUUUUUCGCAGCGUUUUUCGCUUUGAGGGGAAACUAGGUGAAAUUUGGAUUCUGCCUUUAGUUUCAGCAGUGUGACGUCAUAAUGACGUCAAAUUACGUCAUUGUGUCAACAGUGUUAUCCCUAGAUUUUGAAAAGUGCGUCAUCGGCAGUUUUGAAGUUAUAGAGAAUGGGGGCUCCGAAGGCCCCCCCGGUCGCAGGAAGCAAAAAAGCCCGGUGUGAAUACGGUUAAUACACGAAGCGAAACUUUGAUAAAAAAAUGACCUACUUGUUUAUUGACUUGUUUAUAUAUUCACUCUUCUACUUUUGGUUAAGGAUUUCUUAAAUUCAGCCGAUCGAGUCGUUAUAGUUUUCAUAGGUAGAAACAUAUUAGUUUGGAUCAUUGAUGGUGUUAAUUGAUAUUGAAGCAUAAGUUUAUAUUUGGUCACCUAAUCGUCGAGAGUUCUCUAAAAGUUAAAUUCAGCCGAUCGAGUCGUUAUAGUUUUCAUAGGUAGAAACAUAUUAGUUUGGAUCAUUGAUGGUGUUAAUUGAUAUUGAAGCAUAAGUUUAUAUUUGGUCACCUAAUCGUCGAGAGUUCUCUAAAAGUUUUUGUUACUUUAACAUACUGAACAACAACCAACGAGCAGAGCGUCCUUUUCGACUUAUUCUUGAUCGAAGAAGAGAAAGGUAGGCUAUGCCUGAAUCGCAUCAAGCCUUUGAAGUCACCGCAGCCCAAACUUCUGCACUAGUCAAUCUUGUUUCUGUCAGUCAAAGUGUUUAAGCGCGAGAACCCGUUUACUGAUAAACCGUUGGUCAUAACUGAGCCCGCUGUACCGAGUGCACGACUAUUAGGCCUGGGCUCGAAACUGUAUCUUAGCAACAUGAGGCGCAUGCUCAAUAAAGAGAACAAAGAUCUUAUUCGAUUCAUUCAGAGUCUUUCUCGAGUGCGCCAAAGUGAAAGGAAGGUUCUGCUUUCAGAACAACAACAAAAAUGCUUUUCUUUAUUUUUGUCUCGACUAACAGAUUUUUUAUGACAACGGUACGUCCCACAACACAAAUGGCUCUGAUACCGGAUGGAUCUUAAUAGCUCGGUUCUCGAACGCUGACUCUAAAAAUUGGAUGUUGGUGUCUGGGGCUUGGUGGUAUGACGUCAAUACCACUAUUGGAAACAACAUAGACCCGGCGGCAAACAGUGAUAUGAUUUCACCUGCAUUCUGGUUGAUCAGCGGAAGGAACUUCAAGAUCACGCGCAGUGACGACCCUGAACACACCGCGUUGCUGCAAACCACAGAUGAAUGCCUUGAGGGAAAGUCAUUCAGGCAUAAAAUGUUUAGCUAUGGCGACUUUCGAAAUGGAAAGGCCUGGUUCGCAAAUAGAUGUCUUGGAAACUGCAGGGUAGAGUACGGAGGUCAAUACCAAUCAACUCAAGGUUUUAGCCAGCAUAACUGUACGGGAGGCUUUCAAAACCCUGAAAUGAUUGGCUUCUGGUGUGAUUGGUACGGUGAUGGAUCCGUGAUGAUGAUUGGUGGAGGAGGCAAUGGCUGUUUACGUGCAGAUCACGGGAUAGGAGUAACGGAAAUAGACGAGGCUAGAUUUAGCUACAGCUCUAGCUAUGAUGACUUCGGAAAUUAUCCCGGCGGAGUUAAAGAUAAAAAAUACGCGUUGAACCUGUGGAUAAAUUAA